ACAUUUCCACCGUCUGCCAUUUAACUGCUGGCGUGGGCACUGUUGACACUUGGGCGUCUUGUACAGACCUAGAAUGAGCCACAACUGGUGUCUCCAGCAGAGGCUGGGUAUAACAGAGUUUGCUCUUGGAGCAGAGUGGCUGUACCUGGAUGUGGAGGAAUAAAAGACUUGGCCCUUGAUGAACACGAGACUCUGACUUGCCCUAUUAAUACCUAGAAACAGCCACUUUUAUGCUGAAGGUUUUGUUCUCCAAGGUGCUUUUUUUCAAGACUUAAAAACAGAUUUAACCCUUUAAAGAGAAUGCUUUUUUGGAGCACUCGGGGACUUGUCUCCUUUGGUUUUGUCUUUUAACUCUUAGUACAAUUUAGAUUUUUCCCUUUCUGCCACUGAUUUUAGAACUCUGGAAGCUGAAGCCUCCGCCAGCUGAACUUAAGAGUAUUUUAUUGGGGUUUUUCCUAACUGCCUCCCUGCUCCAGACACUGAAAAAUCAAGGCCUGUCUAUCGCAUCUUUGCUGAGACCGCAGUGCCUGCUGUCAAACUCCUCACGUGGGAUGAGACCGUGCUGGGAGCAUCUCUCCUGGGCAUUUUCCAAGAGUGGGAAAAACCUCGACUCAAACCUUGGGAUUUCUCCCUGACAGGCCCUGGAAGUGGCCUGACCCAGGGUAAGGUUUUAAAUGCUGAUGAUUUCCCCCAAACCACAAGUCAACAGGAUGCUCUUCAAGGUGGAAACAGACUUCUAGCAAAGCAGAUGGGUGAGCCCCAAAUCACUGUAACCUGCUGUACCUCUCAACCAGUUUUUCACUGGAUGUGGAAACCACCGCGGCCUUUUUGUGGUCUCCCACAGGGGAGCAGACGGCUACAGGCAGCCCACUCCACCCUUGCACCCAGCUCUCCCUUCUGUACUUAACCUAUGGCGCUUUCUCGUUCCCAUGGCAACAGGUCCUAAUGCUACCCAGAUCCCAAACACAAUCUGUCCCCCACGUUUCUUUAUCCAUCAGCUUUGCCUCCUAGCAACUGGAAUUUCUUCCCCCACUCUUUGCUUAUGUUCCAGCGGGCCUCUCCCUGGGGGAGGGAGGGAGUUCUCCCCCCCCCCCCACCCACCCCCGCAACUGCUCUUGUGUGACCUUGAGCAAGAACCUCCCUCUUUCUGGGCCUUGUGCCUCAUCUGCAUUAAGGAUAUUGGACCUUGAAGUUCUCAGCCCAAGUGUCCACUUUCUAAGUCACUUCUUGUCUAAGUACAUGCCUCCAAGUCCCAAGUUAGGGGGCCUUACAUGCCUCUGGUUCUGUGAUUCCAGCUUAUAGAGUUACUCUAGAUUUUUUUUUUUUUAAUGACCAGAGCUCAGAAAAUACUUUUUUCUGUAAAGCUUUAGCGUCAGGACCACAGAGGUCACCUUGUCCACCUUCUCACUUUUCCAGUGAGGACACGAGCACUAGAGAAGGCUUGUCCAAGUCCCUGGUUUGUCAGUGGCAGAGGCGGGACAGUUCCCUUUCCAUCUGAGUACUCUGCCUUUGGGUGAAUAAUUGACAGCUUUUUGCAGGACUUUAUGCAGCAGAUUUUCCAACCUCGUGUCUGUUAGGAACUGAGCUGAACGGCAGGAUAGCAAGGGAGCUCCCAACUCUACACAUCCACACACACCCGAGAGCAAAACCAGCACAAUCUAUCACCUACCUGGGCCCCAGCAGGGUCUGGGCCGGGCACCUCUGAGGGCCCCCAUCCUUCAUCGCUCUAUAGGCAGAAACAAGCACCAGGGCAGGAGGCAGCAGAAAGAGACUAGUAUUUUUCAGCACAAGCAAAUUAUUUAAUCUCUCUGAGCCUCGCAGUUUCCUUCUCUGUAAUCCGAACAUAACAAUACCUACUCAGAGUUGUGAGUGUCUGGAACAUACUAGGUACUCAGCUGUGCAUUUCACACACACACAAACACACACACACACACACACACACAUUUCCAGGACUGUACCAUCAACAUUCCAUUCACAUUCUCUUAGUGGGUGAUGCUUAGCCAGUGUUUGGUUCCCCAGCCUCCCAGGAUGCCCGUGCCGCCUUUUCUCCUCCGAACAACAUACGAUAAAGGCUCGGAAUGCCGAGUAAGUUUAGCAUUGCCCAAACCAAGCAGAAUUCUUGACGUGGAGCCACAGUAUGGACGACCCAAAUCCAAGGGAUGAGCAUUUCUGAUUUCCUGAUACUCAGCAUCGCCUGCCUCUCGGACAUAGCGGAAGGUUGGCUGGGAUUGCACUGCCAUGGGAUGAGGGUCAAGGCUAGGGGUGGCGGUGAACAAGGAGAGGAGGACUAAAAUUGGCAGAUUUGGGUGGGCAAGGAGAAGUCGGGUCCUAAUGCACACCUCUGGUGCCGGCCCUGAGCACAAGGAAAAAUAAGGCAUUCCAGAUGAAAGUUGAGCCUGGACACAGAGUGUUCCAGGGACAACGAACAGGCUGGUCUGGCUGGAGUGGAAGUGUGAGCUAGAGAACCAGCAGGAGAGAACGCUAGAGAGCCGGAGUCCCAGAGUAUUAACAGCCAACCUCGGUCUGGCCUCGCCCUUCCUGUUGAAAGAAGAACCACAGAGAGCCAAGGAGAGAGAACUGUGUGUGGGGUCAGCAUGGGGGGCUACAGGAAGCUAUGCUUUCAGGAAUACAAGCAGAAGCCCAAGGGAACUAGAAACUCCAAGUUUCCCUUGCCCAGAGGACGGCCGUGGGCAACAGCAAAGCCAGAGAGAAGCUUCCCACACAGCCUCUGGAAAACUGUACCCUGUGCUCACAGAUGAAAAGACAAAUAAGGUCUCAGUGUUAUUAUGGAAAUACUUUUGACCUCUCAAACCCUCUAAAAGCAGUCCCCAUCCAAGGGUCCAAGAAAGAAAGGCUUGCCCCCCUAUACAAAAGCAGCCCAAGGCCCCCCAGGGGAGGAAUGGAGAAGAACCUGGGGGUGAAGGGUGUCCCCUGGGUAUGAGGACAGCUGCCUUAGGAAACACAGAACCUAUCUCUGUUGUCCCUUUUCUCCGCUCUGGGUUUCUGGCUUUGUUCCCCUCUGUCACCAACAUGCCUCAGCCCCAGUGGAGGGUGAAAGUGGCGUGCCACGGAGAACACUUUGGAGCCUUGGUGCCAUCAUUCGUGAAAUGAUUAUGCUACCUCAUAGCGCGACCUAAGGAGGGGAAACCAGUAAGACUUCCUGCCCAGGGCCUACUACAUAAUGUUCUGCAAACGGUAGCCAGAAAUGUCAUUAUACUGCCCCCACCCCCACCCUGUCCUGCCCUGCCCGACUCAGCCUGAGCAUGGCUAACACAAAACCCGUUAACAAGCCCUUUUCUCUCUCCCGGAGGACAGCUGGGCCAGGCUGGGUUUUUCCAAGAGAAUGUCGUCACAGAGGAAGAGGCAUGAAGUGGUCCAGGUGGCAGAGUGUGGGUUUUCUAUCCUGCAGCAGCAAAUGGCACGGACCGCCAGACUCCACCGCCUAGCUGAGGGCCUGCCCCUGUCCAAGGACUUGGCUCCUCUUCUCCUCUGCCCUUUUUCUGCAGCCUAAAGGGCCCAGGAAAAGGCAGCCAGCCCCUGAAGCUCCCCUAGUCACAUCGGCACAGACAGAAGAAGCCCAUACAUACGACGUUUUUCCUAUACUGGCUUAUCUCCUUGUCCUGGUCACACCGGUGCUUUAACAGGGACCUUCCAAAGACCCAGGCUUGGCUAAAUGCCCCAGUCCCCGGAUGGGAGGGCAGCAGGUUUUUCCAGGGCCCUUAGGGCUCAUAGGCCUUAAAGCUGCCAAACCUCGACACCUAGCUUCUAAGUCUCCCUUAUGCCUGCAUUGUCCUCCUUCCCACCCACCCCAGCUCACUCAGUACUUUGGGUGAGGUUAGGAAAGUGUCCAGUUCCCCUGGUCACACCCCCACCGAGCACCUGGUUUCCUCUGCAGGGUGUCCUCCACCACUGCCUGUGCCUUUAAGGACUGCUGCCCUGAGCCAAGCUCUUGACCUCAGCAUCCUCAGCUGAGUUGGAUUAAGGGACCCUUUCAUGCCUUUGCAAAUUCCUUCUGCCUGCGUCCUUCCCCCACACAGAGACCGAGUAGCCAGUAGCCUGAACCGGUCCGCCAAGGGCCGUCUGAAAGUCAGUCUAGUCUGGCAGCCCUUCCCCCAAGGGAGCAGAGGCUGCCCCUUGAUAGGCAGUUUCGGAUCAGGGAGUGGGCCCUUGGCAGUCUUGGGCUAUCACAGGGACUCCAGGAAAGCCAUGCAGAGCCUUGAGCCAUGAAGGAAUGCUCAGAUAUCAUCCUCUGUGCGGAGGCGACAGAGCUGAGCAAGACUGAGUUCUGCAAUCCUGCUUUUGAGCCUGAAUCAGGGCCUCCCCCACCGGCCUUCCGGGAGGAUGCCAGCUGCAGCGUCCCGGCUCCCUGGCAUGGUCGGCGGCCCCGAGGGCUGCAGCCAGAUUGUCACUUCUCCUGGCUCUGUGUCCUCCUGCUGGCCAGCCUCCUGCUCCUGCUGCUCGGGCUUCUGGUGGCCAUCAUUCUAGCCCAGCUGCAGACUACACCCCUGCCUGGGGCCUCCUAUCACCCACUGCCCACCCAAGGCUUCACCACCACCACCACCACCACCACCACCACCACCACCACCACCACCCCUACCACUCCCACCCCCUCUCCAGCAACAGGGAACCCUAAAGGACAGCUGAAGGAGGCAGGCAUGAGCCCCUCACCGCAGUCCUCCUGUGGGGGCCUCCUCCCUGGCCCAAGGGGCUUCUUCAGCAGCCCCAACUACCCAGACCCUUACCCACCCAACGCCCACUGCGUGUGGCAUAUCCAGGUGGCCGCAGGCCAUGCAGUACAACUCAAGAUUGAAGCGCUCAGCAUGGAAAGCGUGGCCUCCUGUCUUUUCGAUCGUUUGGAAAUCUCCCCUGAGCCUGAAGGCCCCCUCCUCAGAGUGUGCGGGAAGGUGCCUCCCCCUACACUCAACACCAACGCCAGCCGCCUCCGGGUGGCCUUCGUCUCUGACAGCAGUGUGGAAGGAUCUGGUUUCCAUGCCUGGUACCAGGCUGUGACCCCCGGGAACGGGAACUGUGCUCAUGACGAGUUCCCCUGUGACCAGCUCGUCUGCCUGCUACCUGACUCAAUGUGUGACGGUUUUGCCAACUGUGCUGACGGCAGCGAUGAGGCCAACUGCAGCACCAAGCUCUUGGGGUGUGGGGGGAAUCUGACUGGGCUCCAGGGCACUUUCUCUGCUCCCAGCUACCUGCAGAGGUACCCUCACCAACAGCUUUGCACUUGGCAUAUCUCGGUGCCUGCGGGACGUGGCGUGGAAUUGCAGUUGCACAACUUCAGCCUAGAAGCUCAGGACGAGUGCGAGCUGGACUACGUGGCGGUGUAUGAGACCAGCACCUCAGGGGCCCUGGGCCUCCUGGGCAGGUUCUGUGGAGCGGAGCCACCACCUCGCCUCAUCUCCUCCAGCCACCAGCUGGUGGUGCUCUUUAGGACAGACCGUGGCAUCAGCAGUGGGGGCUUCUCUGCCACCUACAGGGCCCUCAAUGCCACAGAGAAUCCCUGUGGGCCCGGAGAGUUCUCCUGCCGCGAUGGAGCGUGUAAGAGUCUGCAGUGGAUGUGUGACACGUGGAGAGACUGCACAGAUAGCAGCAAUGGCAACUGCAGCAGCCCCUUGCUCCCGCCCCCAGAGCUGGCCUGUGAACCCGUCCAGGUGGAGAUGUGCAUCGGCCUGAGCUACAACGCCACAGCCUUCCCUAACAUCUGGGUGGGCAUGGCCACCCAGGAGGAAGUGAUGGAGGUCCUCAGAAGUUACAAGAGCCUGACAAGUCUACCCUGUUACCAGAACUUCCGGAGGCUCCUCUGUGGGCUGCUUGUGCCCCAUUGCACCCCCACAGGCAGCGUCCUUCCCCCUUGCCGCUCUGUCUGCCAGGAGGCAGAGCUCCAGUGCCAGUCCGGCCUGGCUCUACUGGGCACCCCCUGGCCUUUCAACUGCAACAGGCUGCCUGAGGCGGCUGGCCUGGAGGCUUGUGCCCAGCCCUGACCCUAAAGCAGGCACCUGCCCUCUGCCUGCCCAUCCACCUUUGCCUAUCAGGGCGGGCAGGCAGGGGACUCUGCCCAUCCUCUCUGGAGCCUCCCAGGGAGGGGAAGAGGAGUCCCCAGAGGGGCUGAUGGAAGCUUCCCUGUCCCUUUACUUGCCCCAGCUCCACACCAUGCCAUUGACAGUGAGGACUGCUUCCCACCCAAGCCUCUGACCCCCAUUUCCUGUCUUCUGCCCUCCCCUCGCCACCUCCUUUUUCAGGUUCUCCAUCACCUGCCUUUUGACUUUUGUCAUUUAUUCAACAAAAAAGUAUUGAGUGCCUAGGAAUUGUGGCAGGCCCUGCUCUGAGUCCUGGGGAUCCAGUUGUCCGUCUGCCUCUAGAACUCUCCACCCUGGGUUCUCUGCUUCUAUUUCUCCUGGACUAGUCUGGUCCUUGGUCUCCAUCACCGCAUCACCUCUCCUUUAGCUCCUUGGAGCACUG